AUGAAUACAGCACAUACAAAUACCAAGAGAUCACUUAAAAAAAUCCUAGAUUCUGCAUAUGUAGAGAAUAGUGAUGAAGAAGAUCAAGAAAUUAUUUCUGAUACAAACAUAGAACAAGAUUAUCAAGGUGAAGACGAAGACAUAGAUCCAUCACUUUGCAUUGAAUGUAAGGAUAUGAAGACAGAGAUCAUAUGUAAUGAUUGUGAUGAACAAUUUUGUGUAGUCUGUUUUGAAAUGAUUCAUAGAGGCGGUAAAAGAAAAUUUCAUGAAUAUAUUAAAUUGACUAAAGAUGAAAACAAUAAUGCCAGUGAAUCAUCGACUGGGGAUGUGCUUAAAAAUUCUGAUGAUGUUAAUAUAAAUAAUGAUAAUACAAAUAAUUUUCAGGAAAAUAUACCAUCAAAAAAAGCAUCACCUUUUAAUGAUAAUAUGACUAAUGAAAAUUCUAUAAAUAAUAAAUUAUUGCAGAUUUUAAAAACCAAUGCUGAGUUUAUUCCUUUAAGAUUGACUUAUGAAGAAAGACAUUUGUUAAGAUUGUUAGAAGCUGCAUUACAGGUUUCUGAAUAUACAGAUAGAGUAGAUAUACUCUCAUAUAAAUCAAAAACGAAAAGAAUUGUGGAACAAUUAAAGGAGAUUUGUUCAGUACUAACUGGUCUAGUAAUUGCUUCUGAUUUGAAAGUUGGUAAAAAACUUUUAGAAUUGAAAAAUUUUAGUGACAAUGCUAAAUGGUUCCAAGAUGUAUUUGAGAUUGGUAGAAGAUACAAGAUCAUGAAUCCAGAAAGAAUGAGAGAUACAUAUGGGAAAUUAUGUUAUAUGGUUAUGGAUUCACGUUUACCCCAAAUUGAAGAAUAUAUGGAGUUCCAUUUAUUUAAACCUAUUAAAACUGUACAUUCAUUUUUAACCUCAAGUGAACAAGAUAACGGUAAAGCUAUGGGCUUAUUUGAUGACAAACUAACUUUAUAUGCAACAUCACAUAUCUCUCCAGUGGGUAAAUCUAGAGCACAAAUACAAAAACUUAUUAGACAAAAGGAAAAUGCUAUUGAAACUAUUGCCUCUAAAUAUAGUAGUAAAUAUUACUCUAAAGAGGAUAUUCGUCAAGUGUUGUAUUCGAUUGGCGAUUACAAUGCCUAUAUUAAUAUGAACAGAAAGCCAGUCAUGAGAAUGUUAGAGAGAUUAGAAAUUUUUAAGCAACCAGAAAUAGCUCAAAAAUAUUCCAUCGGUAUUCAAUAUGGUAGAGAUGGUGCUCGUCUAACACAUGACCAUGAAAGGCAAUGGAAUUAUGUACAACAAUCAUUAACAUUAUGGUCUAUUAUCCAAAGAGAAAUGGUUAGAUUAUGGUACAUGGCAGAUUCUGAUUUAUUUGAUGGUAGUCACUAUAGACUAGCAUCCACAGGACAUGGUUUGAAUAGAUUGAAGUCAUGUCCAGUUAUUUAUAAGGAAAUGCAUAAAAUAAUUUCUGAAUGUCGGUCAAAAACUAAAGCCUGGAUUGGAUCAUCUGUAGUCCAUUUAGGUGACGAUGCUGUUCCUAAUGCAUUAUUUUUCUUAGAUAAGUACACUCAGGUUCCAAGCAUUUUGAUUCCAUUUGAUCAAACUUUGCUAAAAAUCAAUGAUUUAGUAAAGAACGACCACCAUUUAUUAGAAUAUAUUAACAAAGAAUAUGGCUCUCUAGAGGAUUUGAAAUUAACAAUUUUACAAGAUGCAUUUACGCACAUGUUCGAUGGAUCUGGUGCUGACAAUUUCUAUAUGAGUGGGUCUUGUAUCGAUGGUAGAUUAACAUCUGCUUGGAAUCAUUGUAACGAAAUUUCCAAGAAGAAAUAUUAUAAUAUUUUCUUGCUAACCUCAUUCAACGGAUUUAAUGGUUCUGAAGGUUUUUAA